CUCCCUAGCGGAGGCGCCUGCGCGUUGGCCGCCAACUUGCUCUGGUCGCUGUGGUCGGGGCUCGGGACCGGCUGCCAUCUUAGUCGAGGAACUGAGGAGUCGCCGCCGCCCCGAGUCCCGGUAACAUGCAUGUAACAGUGGCCUUCUGGAGACAACGCCUUAACCCAAAGAAGUGACUCCAACAGUGGGAACUUCAGGUUUGACGUCCUAUUGGUGGUAUGUCUGACAGUGGAUCACAACUUGGUUCAAUGGGUAGCCUGACCAUGAAAUCACAACUUCAAAUCACUGUCAUCUCCGCAAAACUCAAAGAAAAUAAAAAGAAUUGGUUCGGACCAAGUCCUUACGUGGAAGUCACAGUAGAUGGACAGUCAAAGAAGACAGAAAAAUGCAACAAUACGAACAGUCCCAAAUGGAAGCAACCCCUUACAGUUAUCGUCACCCCUGUGAGUAAAUUACAUUUUCGUGUGUGGAGCCACCAGACUCUGAAAUCUGAUGUUUUGUUGGGAACUGCUGCAUUAGAUAUUUAUGAAACAUUAAAGUCAAACAAUAUGAAACUUGAAGAAGUGGUUGUGACUUUGCAGCUUGUAGGUGACAAAGAGCCCACAGAGACAAUAGGAGACUUGUCAGUGUGUCUUGAUGGGCUGCAGUUAGAGUCUGAAGUUGUUACUAAUGGUGAAACUACGUGCUCAGAAAGUACUUCACAGAACGAUGACGGCUCCAGGCCCAAGGAUGAAACAAGAGUGAACACAAAUGGAUCCGAUGAACCUGAGGAUGCAGGGUCUGGUGAAAAUAGGAGGGUCAAUGGGAAUAAUUCUCCAUCACUCUCAAAUGGCGGUUUUAAACCUUCUAGGCCUCCAAGACCUUCACGACCGCCUCCACCUACCCCACGUAGACCAGCAUCUGUCAAUGGUUCGCCAUCUGCCACCUCAGAAAGUGACGGAUCUAGCACAGGCUCUCUGCCACCAACGAAUACAAAUACAAGUACAUCUGAAGGGGCUACAUCUGGACUAAUAAUUCCUCUUACUAUAUCCGGAGGCGCAGGCCCUAGGCCCUUAAAUUCUGUCGCUCAAGCUCCUCUACCACCCGGCUGGGAGCAGAGAGUGGACCAGCAUGGGCGAGUCUACUAUGUAGAUCAUGUUGAAAAAAGAACAACGUGGGAUAGACCAGAACCUCUACCUCCGGGUUGGGAACGGCGGGUUGACAACAUGGGACGUAUUUAUUAUGUUGACCAUUUCACAAGAACAACAACGUGGCAGAGGCCAACGUUGGAAUCCGUCCGUAACUAUGAACAGUGGCAGCUACAACGAAGUCAACUUCAAGGAGCAAUGCAGCAGUUUAACCAGAGAUUCAUUUACGGGAAUCAAGAUUUGUUUGCUUCAUCACAAAGUAAAGAAUUUGAUCCCCUUGGUCCGUUGCCACCUGGAUGGGAGAAGAGAACGGACAGCAAUGGCAGAGUAUAUUUUGUCAACCACAACACUCGUAUUACACAGUGGGAAGACCCCAGAAGUCAAGGUCAGUUAAAUGAAAAACCCUUACCAGAAGGCUGGGAAAUGAGAUUCACUGUGGAUGGAAUUUCAUAUUUUGUGGACCACAAUAGAAGAACAACCACCUAUAUAGAUCCCCGCACAGGAAAAUCUGCCCUAGACAAUGGACCCCAGAUAGCCUAUGUUCGGGACUUCAAGGCAAAGGUUCAGUAUUUCCGGUUCUGGUGUCAGCAACUGGCCAUGCCUCAGCACAUAAAGAUUACAGUGACAAGAAAAACGUUGUUUGAGGAUUCCUUUCAGCAGAUAAUGAGCUUCAGUCCCCAAGACCUGCGAAGACGUUUGUGGGUGAUUUUUCCAGGAGAAGAAGGUUUAGAUUAUGGAGGUGUAGCAAGAGAAUGGUUCUUUCUUUUGUCACAUGAGGUCUUGAACCCAAUGUAUUGCCUGUUUGAAUAUGCAGGGAAGGAUAACUACUGCUUACAGAUAAACCCUGCCUCUUACAUCAAUCCAGAUCACCUGAAAUAUUUUCGUUUUAUUGGCAGGUUUAUUGCCAUGGCUCUGUUCCAUGGGAAAUUCAUAGACACGGGUUUUUCUUUGCCAUUCUACAAGCGUAUCUUGAACAAGCCAGUUGGACUCAAGGAUUUAGAAUCUAUUGAUCCAGAAUUUUACAAUUCUCUCAUCUGGGUUAAAGAAAACAAUAUUGAAGAAUGCGGUUUGGAAAUGUACUUCUCAGUUGAUAAGGAAAUUCUAGGUGAAAUUAAGAGUCAUGAUUUGAAACCCAAUGGCGGCAAUAUUCUUGUAACAGAAGAAAAUAAAGAGGAAUACAUCAGAAUGGUAGCUGAGUGGAGGUUGUCUCGAGGUGUUGAAGAACAGACACAAGCUUUCUUCGAGGGCUUUAAUGAAAUACUUCCCCAGCAGUAUUUGCAGUACUUUGAUGCAAAGGAAUUAGAGGUCCUUUUAUGUGGAAUGCAAGAGAUUGAUUUAAAUGACUGGCAAAGACAUGCCAUCUACCGUCAUUACACCAGGACAAGCAAGCAAAUCAUGUGGUUUUGGCAGUUUGUUAAAGAAAUUGAUAAUGAGAAGAGAAUGAGACUUCUGCAGUUUGUAACUGGAACCUGCCGAUUGCCAGUUGGAGGAUUUGCUGACCUCAUGGGGAGCAAUGGACCACAGAAGUUUUGCAUUGAAAAAGUUGGGAAAGAAAAUUGGUUACCUAGAAGUCAUACCUGUUUUAACCGCCUGGACCUGCCACCCUAUAAGAGUUACGAGCAACUGAAGGAAAAGCUGCUGUUUGCCAUUGAAGAAACAGAAGGAUUUGGACAAGAAUAGCUUCUGAGGAUUUGCACCAUCAGAGGACAAGAACACAUUUAUAAUGUUUGUCCUUUUCUCUCUCUGCCUGUUGCACAUCUUGUUGUAAAUUGGACUGUGACUGUUUAGAGAGUUAUCUUUGUGUAAGUAAAUUAAUGUUAUCAUUGAGAUUUAUCUCCCAGUGAUUCUGGAUAGAAUUCUACUCAGCAUUUCCAGAAAUCAGAUCUGCAAACGACUAGUCAAAACCUUACGUAACUUCAGAUUUAACACAGCAAUGAAAUCUGCCUUGUUUUAUUCCACUAGAUUUUUUCCUUACCAACAAUUUUAUAUAUGUGUGUUAAGUCUCACUUUGGGAGUAGGUUUUUUAAAGAUUCUGCAGGUAUGUGGGCAAGUCCCUUGGUAACUGUAAUAUGCAAGAUCUUCAUAUUAAGCCUCUUGGUAAGAGGCAUUUGUUAAAAGUACAAGCUUAACCCAGCUCUUGGGGACCAUGAGCAGACGUCUGGCUUUUGCUGUCCCUCUCACUUCAGCCUGGCCUGACUGUUGUUUUCCUUUCUGGAGCAUGAAUCCAGGCAUCAUUUUGAUGUUAUACUUGGAAGCGAUGCAGGACUUUUACAUCUGUCUACAAAAUAGCUUUGUCAAUCUGAAUUCAGGGAGAAGUCCGUCUCAGCCUGCAAUUGACUUCAUACCUCUCUUCAUUUGGAAAAUUUGAUUAUUUAAUUGCCUUGUGAAUACUAAACUUUACAAACAAUAUUAACACUGUGGUUCCUUCACUGUUGUUUAUAAAAGUUAACCUAGAAUUGGAAUUAAUUUAGCUGAAUUUGUCUAAAGCCAUCAGUGAAGAUUUUUGUAUGGGAAGAGUUUGCAUCUUUAUGGUUUUAUCAUAAUCCACCAACUUCAGUUAUAUUUAGUUAUUACCAAGCAGCUAAAGGUGUAACCAGAGUGCUUUCUAGUCCAAAUAGAAGUCAAUGAAACAUCCUCUGAAAUUACGUUUUAAUUUGGGAGAGCUGUGGUACUAACUAAAAAAGGAAGCAUCACCAUCUAGUAACCACAGAAAUGUAUUCUCUGUGGAUUAAGUCUUCAGAUUUAUCAUUUCUCUGACACAUAGCUGAAGUAGUUAUUUCCGUUCUUUACAUUAUCCUGAAUUGGAUUAACAUCCCUCACCUGUGAUAUUCUUUUCACCCUUGAAAAUUUAGGUUUUCCUUUUUCCCCCCCAUUAACUGUUUAGACUGCUCCUUUAGUAGUGAAUUAAUGCACUUUGAACUUUUCUGUACUUCAUUUCUUUUAACUUGGCCUAACUUAGACUCUGUUGAGAUGGCUGCUGUCACAGAUUUUACUUUAUGGACAGUGGGAUGAAGCCUAAGCCACCUGAGUUUAGCUGUCACAGCUGAACUCUGGGGACAGCCUCAUAACUCAUGAAACAGGGACUUUGACAGGUUUUAGUAGCGUAGCACAAACAAGUAGCAUUGAGUCAAGAGUAAGCAUAGACUAACAAACCCCUAUCCCAUAUGGAAAGUAAUGUCUUUUUGUCCCCAUUUAAAUCUUGAAACAACAACGAAAACUUUUUUUUAUCUUGUGUAUCUGUACUCUAAGACACUGCCAUCAUAAAGCAGAGACUAAGGUGAGUAAAAGGGGGUUGCCUCAUCCAGAGAUUGUUAGUAUAAAGGGGGAGAUUAGGCUCAGCCCAACUCUUAUUUUAUUUUUUAGUCCAUAUACCCCUGGAAAUGUAGUAUGGUCUCCAGAAGCCCUAGUUGUUUUCAAAGUAGGGACUCUCUGCCUUUUUAUUGGUUGGGAGAAAAAAAAAUGCUAUUGCUUUGUCUUACAGAGCGAAUGUCUGCCAACUACCCAUUCAUUAUACAAGUCUAAACUUCGGCAAUACAUGGCUAUGGAGAUUAAGCCUUCUAUAAAGACUUACUCUUGAAGUGAAUUCUCAUAUUGAAAUGUAGUUACCUACAAUAUUUACAAGAGAUUUAUGAGAUUAAAUUAAGAGAUAAUGUAAGAAAGUAGCUUUUUUUGUUGUUCUACAUAAUGCUUCAUGAUUCAUUUAGAGACCUAGAAAUAUUGUGUGAAAUGUAUAAAUACCACCUAAAAGGCUUUCUGCCCUAUAUUUUUAAAAUACAGAAUAGUUAUAUUUGAAGUAGCCCUGGCCCUAGUUCUAUAGGGCUUGGCUAUUUAAUAUUUUUAUGGAAGAAACAUUUAGUUCUGGAAAAGGUAAAUGCUUGUAUAUAUUUUUGCAGCCUGGGAUCUCCCUUACUCCAUUUCUUCCUUUAAUUUAAAUGGCCACAUGUAUAUGUCUUCCCUGCUGUGUUAGGAAAAUGGGGGCUGGAUAUCCCAAGAAUCAGAGGUUAUAGAAAAAUAUUGCAGUUAGUCAGCAGACAUAAAUAUCUACCAAAUGCUAUCUUAAAUUUUGAUCCAAACUGAACAGUUGGAAAUAGAUUUAUUGUAAGUGUUAAAUUAGAGCAAUUUCUUAAAUCUAAACUAAAUUGCUUUUUAGAGUCCUUUUUCUUGUAAGCAUUGUAAAUGCUAAUAAACCCUUGUUAAUUUUUUUCUCUUUUUUUUACUGCAUGUUACAUUGAAAUAAAAACAAAGUAAAGUGACAGUUGCCUUAUUCUUCUAUUUGGGGGGUUGGAAAAGGCAGCAUUCCAUAGCCUGGAUCAGGUGGAAAGGACCUUCACUUGUUUUCAUCAAACGGAGUUGGUAAAACUGAUCCAGCCACCCAUAGUAAUGAUUUCCUGCUGCAGAAGAAUCCCAUUUCAUAAGACUUACAAUAACUCUAUUUAAAAUUCAGAUACUAAUUUUUCAUUAAGAGGUUGAUAUACCAAUGGCAGUUCAUCAGAAAUUUUAGUAGAACAUAACUCAAAUACCCACAAAGGUCUCAUCCUAAACAAACUAUGUCAGUCAAGCCCACUUUGCGGCUUUUUCUUAUCUGGUUAGUAACUUGAAAUGUUAUCAGGGGUGACUCACGGGUAUCUGAGUGAAUCAUAGAAAUUAGACUUCUCUGUGUUUGUAUCCCUCCUUGUUGGAUAUAACUCCAUCCAUCUAAACACCUUUGGGGUUAAUUACUUCUACCUAGUAAUUGUUGGUAUCUCCAGCCCCCCUCCUUUUUGUUUUUCUUUUAGAGUUAUUUGCAAAAUUGUAUAUAUGCUUUCAUUAACUAAAUGGCAGCACUGGAUUGUAUAAUACUGUACUGGAGCUCCUUUGUUUCCUUGGACUGUAAUUUCAAGUACUCAGGUAACUCUACAACCAUUACAGGAGUCACGUGCUUUUAUAAAGGUCCUUACGGGGCCUGCCUCGCUUGAGUUUUUCUUAAAAGGUGUAAGAAUAUGUUAUGUUUAUAAUUAAACAUUUUUCGUCCUUCAUUUGCACACUUUUCUGUUAGUCUUGGGUAAAAAAGUGUUCCCUACCUACAGGGAAACUACCUAUGUGAGCAGGUCCUAUAGUUUCCUGUCUUUCUGCUUUUGUAAGUGGGCAGGUUAUAGCCUGUCUGUAUUGUGAGUAGAUAGGAAAAAAAAACUAGAAAGACCCACUCUGGUGAGAUUAGAUUUGGCUCCUAUGUUGGAGAAAAUAAAGAUGGAACAUAUCUGGGACAGUGCCAAACACAGGGACUUCACCUGAAUUAUUUUCCUGAGACAGUGAAAGGUGCUCUACAGACCCCAAUCAUGGCUGCUGAGUAGAGAACCCCUAGUAGCUACCAAGGCCAACUCUUCUCAACAACCUGGCCUGCUCACAGGCUUCAGUAGGCCUUUUUCUGUCAGGAAAUGAGAUGAUCAUGCUCUCAUUUAAAAUGGUACCAGUGGAGAGAGGCUAAGGGAAUUGAAAUUUUUUAAUAUGCUAAUCUGACAGUGCUUGGAGGACAGAAAUUGCAGGCUCCUCCCAGUCCUGAAGAGGAGAGCAUAUUCUAUUUAAUCUGCCCCAUAUAAGCUAGAACAUGCUAGUUCAGUGGGGGAAGACACGUCCCCUCAUAGUGAGGAAGCCUUUCAUCGGGAAAUAGAUAGCUGUUCUUAACUGACAUUGGUUGGCUCUCCAGCCCCAGACCCCAUACAAGCAUCAAACUGGGACUCGGCUGUCGCUGCCUCAAUGUUCUCUGAACUUUGAAGAAGAGUGUUUUACAUUGUGUAAUGCCAGAACAGGAACUGCUGUUACUCCCGGCCCAUCUCAUUUGUCAGUUCUGUAGCAUUAUAGCAAGAGCUGCUUUGUGGCCAGGACACUUGGGUGGGGGAAGGUGGUGUCUAGGGGAAUCUUACUGGUUGACAAAGAGAAGAGAGUUUUCCUGCUCAGCAAAGAGUGACUGUGGCUGUGGGCAAGGGAUUUCCUCAAAGCUCUGCACAGGGAAGGAGCUUGAGAACUUGCCAUCAGACCUGCUCUUGAUAUUUAUCUUCCCCAUCCUAGUGAGCAAUGCCACUCCUGUAGUCACUUAGUCCCAGAACAACUGCCAACAUUUAUUACUAUGUGCCAGACACUGCUAGAUAUGCUACAUGUGUUGUCAUUUUAUCAUCUCAUCCACUUUCGGUAAGGGAUGACUGUCUCUGUUUUACAGAUGAGAAAAUACAGGCUGAAAGUAAAUAACUUGCUGAAGUUUCCAUAGCUAUUCGGUGACAAGGGUACAAGUUGGAAUCCAAGACUAUGAGACUCCAAAGCCUGUGUGCUUAACUCUUCUGCUAUAUUGCUGUUCACAAAUCACAACCCUAGGAGUCUUCGCAACCAACUCAGCCUUCCCAUCUAAUUAGUUUCCAAAUCCUGUCAAACCUACCUCCAAAACUUAUUGAAUCUCUUCCUUCAGAGGUGCCCCCACUGCUGCAGCCCACAUCCCUCAUCCCUAACUCAGUGACCGUGGCAGCCCUCUGUCCUUGUUGUGUCCAUUCUCCCCCCCCCCAGUCUGUCCUCUGUGCUGCCUCAGAAUGAACUGUGGAAGACCUUAGUCUCAAUGCCUCCCCCUGCUUAAAAUCUUAGCGGUUCCUCCAUUACCACAGAAUAAACUCCUAAGCCUGCCACUCAAGACCCUAUAUGAGACUGGAAAACUAUAUCCAGCUCCUUACUCACCCUCAUUCUGACUCCAGAACUGUUGGCAUUCUGUCUGGGGUUGUAAUCUUGUUGAAUCCUUGCACUUCUCUCAUCUGGUUCUCCAUAUAUAAGAUGAUAGUUAUGAGCCUUCAUGUGCCUGUCUUCCAGGAUGUUUUGGGGUCGAAUCGCUGCUUCUGCCCCUUGCUAAAUGCUUCCCUAAUGUUCCCAGCAUUCAAUAAUCAUUGUUUUGGAUCCUUUUUUUUUUUUUUUUCAAUUUCUUAUUUUGAAAUAAUUUAAGAUUUGCAGAGUUGUUGCAAAGAUAGUACAGAGAGCUCCUGCACACCCCUCACCUGGCUUCUCCCAGUGUUAACAUCCCACAUAACCAUGGAACAGUUAUCAAAACUAAUACAUUAACAUUGGUAAAAUAACAGUGACUAAAAACUACUGGCCUUAUUCACAUUUCACUAGUUUUUCCACCAAUGUUCUUUUUCCUUUUCCAGGAUCAGAUCCAGCAUCCCACACUACAUUUAGUUGUCACAUCUCUUAAAAAAAAAACUUGCUGUCAAGUUUAUUCCAAUUCAUAGUGACCCUACAGGGCAGGGUAAAACUGCCCCAUAGGAGGCUGUAAUCUUUACAGAAGCAGAGUAUCACGUCUUUCUUCUAUGGAGCAGCUAGUGGGUUUGAACUACCAACCUUUUGGUUAGCAGCUGAGCACUUAGCCACUGCGCCACCAGGGCUGCUUACCACAUCUUAGUCCCCCAACGUGUGACAGGUCAUCAUUUGUUCUGUCUUUGACAACACUGACAUUCUUUUGUGCAAUAUUUUUUUUUAAAGUAUUGUGCUGUAAGUGAAAGUUUACAAGUCAGUUUUUCACAUAUAAACUUAUAUACGUCUUACUACAUACUCCCACUUACUCUCCCCCUAAUUAGUCAGCCCGCUCCCUCCUUCCAGUCUCCUUUCGUGACUGUUUUGCCAGUUUCUCACCCCCUCUACCCUCCCAUCUCCCCUCCAGACAGGAGAUGCCAACAUAGUCUCAAGUGUCAACCUGAUUCAGGUAGCUCACUCCUCAUCAGCAUCUCUCUCCAACCCAUUGUCCAGUCCAAUCCAUGUCUGCUGAGUUGGCUUUGGGAAUGGUUCCUGUCCUGGGCCAAUAGAAGGUUUGGGGCCCAUGACCACCAGGAUUCUUCUAGUCUUAGACCACUGAGUCUGGUCUUUUUAUGAGAAUUUGGGGUCUGCAUCCCACUGCUCUCUUGCUCCCUCAGGGGUUCUCUGUUGUGUUCCCCGUCAGGGCAGUCAUCGGUUGUGGCUGGGCACCAUCUAGUUCUUCUGGUCUCAGGAUGAUGUAGUCUCUAGUUCAUGUAGCCCUUUCUGUCUUUUGGGCUCAUAAUUACCUUAUGACCUUGGUGUUCUUCAUUCUCCUUUGAUCCAGGUGGGUUGAGACUCAUUGAUGCAUCUCUUAGAUGGCCGCUUGUUAGUGUUUAAGACCCCAGAUGCCACACUUCAAAGUGGGAUGUGGAACGUUUUCCUAAUAGAUUUUGCCAAUUGACUUAGAUGUCCCCUGAAACCGUAGUCCCCAAACCCCCACACUUGCUCCGCUGACCUUUGAAGCAUUCAGUUUAUUCAGGAGACUUCUUUGCUUUUUGGUCCAGUCCAGUUGUGCUGACCUCCCCUGUAUUGAAUGUUGUCUUUCCCUUCACCUAAAGUAGUGACCUUGACAUUUUUAAAGAUUACUGGUCAGGUCCUCAGUUUGAGUUUGAUCUUUUUCCAUGGUUAAGGCCAUGAAUUUUUGUGAAAAGUAACAGAGGUGACAUACCCUUCUAAGCAAAUCAUAUAUCAGGGGCACAUGAUUCUGAUAUGUCCAGCUACCAGUGAUGAUCCACUGGUUAAGAUGGUAUCUUAACAGGUUUCAUCACUGUAAAGUCACUAUCCAAUCUUCUUAAUAUGCAGACACCCCUGGAAGGAAGAGCACGAAGUCCUCAUGUGGAGAGGCUGUAGUGGAAUGAAAAUUUGGAAUUAGAUAAGGUGUUGAAUUCAGCAGGUUCCAGUGCUUCAAAGAAACGUAUACAAGUGGGGAUGUUGAUUCUCACUGUGCUGUAGCUACUGGAGAUAAUGCACAGUACUUUACUAAAUGACAGUAUUUUAGUUAUUUCCUGCUAGAGGAGCCAGAAGUUUCUGUGGCCUGCGAGAGUGAAAGGUUAAAGAGGGAAAACGAGCCACCAUAGGGCUCUGGGAGGAAGGAUCCCCGUUUAAAGCUGAGAAAAUGAGACAGCACAGAGACGUGAAGAGGCUUCUCCACGGUAAAAACAAGGGUGCGGCUGAGCUCAGAGUCCAAAGCCUGUGGACUCCCAGGCUAGUCCUAACCACUUUGUCUCAGAUCCUACACGGAAAAUUCCCGAGGGGAUCGCUCAGGGCCCCCAGAGACGCCUGACUCUGGCCCUAAUCCCAGGCUGUGUCUUAGGCGCAUUUUGGCUUCGCGACUCAAUAUAUUUGCAAAAAUCUCAGCAUCCGCCUCACCUGGCCCACCACCCUCCACCCUAGAGGUUCCUGAGCCAGCUGGGACCUCAGUCGAGAGUUUAAAAGCCUCUUCCGCGAACCUGCAUCAUUUCGGCAAUGCCGGAGCUGGGAAUUUUCCACUGCUAAAGCUCUCCUUUGUUUUUCGCUUUCGGACAGCGUAAGGCAAAUUCUCCACGAGCCCUGGGAGAGCCUGCUAAGGUCCGCCCACCUGCCCACCCGCCCCGCGCUGGCUCUGAUAGGCUGUCGGAGCAGUCUGUUUUCACUGGAAGCUAUGCGCAGGCGCGGGAAGGCACCGGGACUGGGCUGAGGGCGGGGGACGCGGAGCUACCCGAUCGGUCCGAGAUGGCAGAGGUGGAAGAAACCCUGAAGAGACUUCAGAGCCAGAAGGGCGUACAAGGAAUCAUUGUGGUGAACACAGAAGAUAAAGACUAUUUCCUGAUUGUGAUUCAGAAUCCAACUGAAUAAGCCCCUCCCUUGGCUCCCUGUGUUAUUCCAAAGUUUAAUGCCCCCAAGAAGAACAUUAGUCACGCCAGCCCACGUGGGAAUCACCUAAGAGCCCACUUGCACCAAUCUGGUGACCAAGGGUGGGCUGGCCACUCCACCUCCCUCCAAAGGAAUGCUCCAACCUCUCCCAAGUUCCUCCAGGAGGACCCACUCUGAUGGCUUCUGGAAUUUGGAGCAAGAGCUUGUGAGAAGCCACACCCACCUUCCUCCUGACCUUCAGUUCACUUGUCACCCUUGGAAAAGGCUGUUUUUCUUUAACUAAAAAUAACCAAAAUGCUUA